AUGUUUCUAGUGGCUUGGAUCAUCUCUAUCAUCUUUACCAUUAUCGGGCCAGGCGGCUUAGCUUGUGAUGCGGGAAGUAUUGUCACAACGGCUCUGGUGGUGCUUGUGGCGCUGGUUGUGGUUGUGGCGGCCGAAGUUUUGCCAGUGGUGCUGGCGACGAUGGCGGUGGCGGUGGUGGCACUGGCUCUGCUGUGGUUGGUGGCGGCAGCGAUGCGACUGUGAGGCACUGGCAGUGCCGGCAACAGGGGCUGCGGCGGUUGAUGGUUUACCGAUGGCGGUGGCGGUGGUGGCGCUGGCUCUGCUGUGGUUGGUGGCGGCAGCGAUGCGACCGUGAGGCACUGGCAGCGCCGGCAACAGGGGCUGCGGCGGUCUAUGGUUUACCGAUGGCUUACGGGGUGGAGAUGGCAAUCUUUCGUUCUUAUAUUGAAUACAGAGCGGCGGCCCACAUGGGCUCACUCGCCGCCGCCGCCGGCAGCUAUGGGGUCUACCGCUUGACAAGGGCCCCUCUGUACACUACGAUCACCGGUUUAUACGAAAGAUUUCUUUUACUACCUGAGUUCAUCUUCGUCCGAGUUCUCAAAAGAGUUGGUUCAUUCAAGCCCGCGCAGAAGGGGUAG